AUGGUGCAUCAUUCUCAACCUAAUGCAAUGUAAAUGCGGACGAGCACUCACAAGUGUCCCCUGCUCCAGGCCCCAGGCUCUCCCCAAGGAGGCAGUCGAAGUGGAGAGGUUGACGUUGCAGAAAUGACAGACAGACUGGUCCAAACUGAGCAGCUUGUCACUCAGCUGAAAGAGCUGAUUCGGGAGAAGGAUGCAGCACUUGGCACGAAGGAUGAACAGCUCAAGAUGGAGAAGGAGAUGUGUGAGGCAAAACUGUCAAAGCUGCGUCUCCAAAACAAGGCCAAGGUGACCUCUCUCACCACACAGCUUGAAGAACUGAAGAAACAAAUGGGAGGCCAAGACACGCCAACACACAACAAGAAGGAUCCAUCAGAAGGAGGAGAGCAAGCCACUCGGGGGAAAAUUGUCUUGCUGAAGAAGAAGGUCAAGGAGCUAGAACAGCACCUUGCACAGAGUGAGAAGGAGAUUGUAAACAAGAGGACAGAGGUCGAAGCACAACGGCUUCGAGGAGAAGAAAUGGAUGUUAUGCUGACAGAGAAGGACAGGAAGCUGGCAGAGAAGGAGGCAUACAUUAUUCACUUGCAAACAGCAAUGGCAGGAGAUCAGUCCUUCACAUCAACGCAGCAACAGAUAGAUGAAAAACAUCAAGCAAUGCAGGAACUUCAGCAGCUGGUGCAAAGCCUGACCAAGAAAGUUGGAGAAGCAGAGGAACGCUAUAGUUUGCUCCAGGAGCAGGCAGACAGCCUGAAGGAGCUUCUGGACACAGAAAAAGACCAGUACAGUCAGAAAGAGAGAAUGUACAAACAGAAUAUCCAAACCUUCAAAGAGAUAAUUAUCCAGAAAGAUAGUCAGCUGAUUGAAAUAAAUCAGAUGCAUGAACAGGAGCUCUUCAAAUUAGCUGCAAAGUCUGAUGCCAGUGCUGAUCUUGAGCAGCUUUUGAAGGCUUUAAAACAGAAACUUCAUGAGAAGGAAGAGGUGCUGCUUGGUAAAACGCAGGUCAUUGAUGUUCUUCAGAAAGAGGUGGACGGCAGGGACCAGCAGAUAAAGGAGCUAACAGAGCGGAUGCGGAGACUACACAUUGAACGAGAGAGCCUUGAAUCUAAAAUGGAGGCAGAAAAGCAUGUGAUGCGAGCCCAACUCCGUGACCUGAUAGAAAAGCAGCAGCUAGAGGUUCGGCAAAUGACAGAGAAGCAUGAGGCACAGUUGACUCAAGCCCAACAGGAUGUCUUGGGUCAGCUAGAACAGCUGAGAACAAGUUCAGUAGCACCACUAUCUAUCAGUCAGGAGGCCCCAAGUACUGAAGCGAUAUCUGAUGAUUCAGCCUUUGUCCAGAGGAUAGCAGAAUUGGAAGCCCAAGCAAAGCAAAAAAUGGAGGAAGCCAUCAGAUCAGAGGCCAAGUUCCUGAAAAUAAAAGCCUGGUCUAAAUCUCGAAUCAGACAGCUGGAGGAGGAACUGAAAAAAAGUCAGUCUGGCGUUGCCCCUCCUGAGCUGACUGCCCUGCAAAGUUGGAUUACGGAACUUGAAGUGGAACGAGAGGAAAACCUUUGGAAAGUGGAACAGUAUGAGGAGCUCAAAGCAAACAAUGACAUGUUGGAGGCUAAACUGGUGGUAUACGAGGAGCAACAGAGGGCCCUGCAAGCAGACCUGGAACAGUUUACAAAGAGAGCUGCCUCUCAGGCAAGUGAGUCUGGAAGUGCUGAUGAUGCUCAAAGCCAGGUCUUGGAGUGGCAGGAGAUGGUAGAUGAGGCAGUCAGUGCCAGGGAUCAGGCCAGGGAAGAGAAGGCGGUCAUGGUCCUACGCAUUAGCCACAUGGAGGAUGAAAGAGAGGCUCUGGCCACUCGGCAGCAGGAGUUGGAGGAGGAGCUUGCUCAAGCUCAGGGGCUCAGCCAACACAGGACCAAGAAGCUGGCUGUACCAGCCCAAAGAAGCCUGCAGGAGGAUUUUGAGUUUGAUGGAAAAGCCCCGUUCGAGGACUACCAAAGCACAUCGGAGAGCACAACUCCAAUGGAAGGAGAAAACAUGGGAGGUUGGUGGCCUGAGUACAGUACUCCCGACACAGACGGUUUGCGAUCUGUCGUGGAGGAGCUGGAGCUGGAAAGAAAUCAAUUGCAAGAGCAGAUAAUGAGCCUUGAAGAGCGCUGUCAAGAUCUAGAAGAUCGUCUCCAGCUGCAGGCACGCAUCGAGACCUUACAGGUGACGUUUGAUGUAGAUGAAGAUGAGCAGCCACACUGGGUCCUUCAGAAUGAGUCCGAUAAAUUACAGCUCCAGCUUGCCAGUGUGCGUAGUCAACAGAGCAGGGAAGCAGAAAAACAUCAGCUGCUGGUUAGCAGUCUCAAUGAACAACUUAAGGGGCUCAGUGACACACAAGAAUGUCUGGAAAGCUCACUCAUUGAGAAGGAGAGCACGUUAGCCAAGACAUCAGAAAAACUUCAGCUCAUUAACAGCCUAAAAGAAUCCUUGAGUGAAAAAGAGAUUCAGUACAAAGAGAUAUCUGACAAACUCCUUUGGACUGAGCAAACUCUUGAGAAUGUUUCCAACAAAAGCAGUAUCUCAGAGAAACACUGCUCUGAAUUAAAAGCAGAAGUCACUGACCUCACACAGAGGCUGAGUGGGCUGAGAGACAAGACUCAGAAGCAGGACAUCACCAUAGACACAUUACAAACUGAGCUUGACCAAACGAAUGAGGAACUAGACAAAUUAAACACAUCCCACCUGGAAGAAAGAGCCCAACUCAUUCAUGAUCUUCAACGUUGCGAGCGGGAGAUUGAUAGUCUGAAAGAUAUUCUGUUGGAAAAAGACAAAGCACUCAAUGGCAACAUGUUGGAGUAUACAGAACAGGUUACAGUUCUCAAACAAGAACUUCGACUCAAAGAAGAAAACUUAGUUCAAGUAGAAAAUGCACUGACAAAGGCAGAUCGAGAGGCCAAAAUUAUUAGAGACUCACAAACUGCAGAUCAGCAAGCCCUUAAUAGUAACAUCGCAGAGCUUGUUGGGAAUCUGAAGGAUGUUGAGAUGGAGUUAGACAAGGCCAAAGAAGAAAACAAGUCUAAAGUAGCUGAGAUGGACCACUUAAUAAAACAGGCCAAAGAGUAUAAAAAAACUAUUCAGGACCUCCAAAGAGAGUCUGAGAAACAGAUUAUGAGCCAUCAUACUCAACUUUCUGAAUGUGAAACACUCAUCUCUUCGCUAAAGGAACAGCUGACCUUAUCUAUCCAAAGGCAACAAGAGUGCAAUGAACUCAUUUUGCAGCUCAAGGAAAUAAAUAGUAACAAUGAGAAAAUGACUUUUAAAAAGGAAGAGAAAUAUGAAAAUGAACUGAAAACUUUGAAGGACGAAAAGAACAAAUUCCGAUCCCAAGUGGAAAAAUACAAUCAUGACAUUGAGUUGUUGUCCAAAGAAUUAAAGGAACGAGCACAAAGUGAGGACGAUGUUAAACAAGAGAUGGAUAAAUGCGUGGAAAUCAUAGGAUCACUGGAAAACCAACUGAAGGCAAAUGAUAAUCAGGCAGCGAAUGAGAGACAGAGUUAUAAUGCUGAAUUGCAAGUCAGGGAAUCUGAAAAUCAGAAAUUGUGCAAAGAACUUGAUGACAAAAUUGAAAACCUCUCCAAAAUGAAGGAUUGGUUAAAACACACGGAGACUGAGAAACAGCUGUUGCAAGAAAAGUUUAAAGAGCUCACCGAAAACCUUGAACUACAGAAUCUGAAUGGAAAGCAGCUUAAUGAAAAUGUUACAUCUGCUCUUGAACUUAACAACAGUCUAAAGAGGCAAAUCGAAAACUUAACUAAGGAAAACAAAAGACUUGAAAUGGAAGUCACUGAAAGAGUAAAGACCAUUUCAGAAGUCAAAGUUGAAAGCGAUUCUUUACAUGCAAAAUUAUCUAUAUUAGAAUCACAACAUUCACAAAACAACAGUAUCAUUUGUGAAUUAAAAAAAAAUAAUGAAGACUUAAUUUUACAACUUAAUGAUUUAAACAGAGUUCUUGAGCAAAGCACACUCUCAAACAAUGAGGUUGUUCUGGCCAAAACGAAUGAAUGUGGAAAUCUCAACCAGUUACUCAGGGAGAAGGAGGACUCUAUCACGCAACUGCAAGGGCAAUUACAGAGCUACAUUUCUAAGGUAGAUGAGUUGCACCUUAUUUUAGCGAAAAAACAGCAGGUUUCCUCUGAUCUUCAAGCAGAAUUAGAGGCGCAAAGAAAUGAACAAAUGCAGCUUAAAGAAACAUUGUCUCUUCUUCAAGAACAGGACUGCAGUCUGAAGUCUGGGUUGUUGGAGAAGGAUACAGCUUUGAAGGAAAAACAGGAAAAGUGUCAUAGUUUGCAAAAUGAAAUUAUUUCCCUUAAGAAUUCUGUAUCUAAGCUCCAAGUAGACGUUGAAUCACUUAAUUCAGAACUCUCAAAAGGUUGCAAGGAUCUCAAAGAAAGAGAAAUGAUGAUGAAAAAUAUGGCACAACAGUGCCAAAAACACAAAGAUGACCUUGAUGAUGUAAACCAGACUGUGAAAGCUCUAAAAAAUGAAAUCAAUAAACUGGAAGAAAAGUCCAGAAAAAACAAUUCAGAAGCAGACUCCAGGGAAACAGAGUUGAGGACCCUUAAAAGUGACAUGCAUACAAUCGCGGAAGAAAACAAACAACUUCAUACAAUUUUGAAAUCCAGAGAAAAUGAGUUUAACGAGAAAACAGAUAUUGUUUCAAACCUAGACAGACAGCUCAAAGUCACUCUUGGGCAAAACUCCAGUUUUAGCACGAAGAUAACCAGUCUAACAGAAGAUAAUGAACGACUACAAAAAGAGUUGGCACAGAACAUUUCAUUGUCUUUUAAAUUAAACACUGAGAUUAGUCUGCUCCAAGAACAGAAACAUGAACUUGAGGUACAAAUCUCAAAUGAUAAGAAGAUGAUUAAUGAUCUUCUAAAUGAGAAAAAUGAGCUUAUUGGUUCAGUUAAUUAUGCAAAGCAGGCCCUCCAGGAAAAGGAAAUGUCUGACAAAGAAUGCUUGCUUGAGAAAACAAAUGAAUGCACUACUCUUUCAAAAAUACUGAGUGAACGACAACAACAGCUUCAAAAAUUACAAGAGGAAGUUAAUGACUUAAACAUUCAAGUUAGUCAGCUACACCGCUCAUUGCUUAAGAAAGAAGAAAUUCUGUUAGAAAAGAAUUCUCUCUUUGAUGCCCAGCAGACCCAACAAAUGGAAUUGCAGCACACAAUAGCUAUGUUUCAAGAACAGGGAUCUGUCCUCAAGACAGGUUUAAGGGAGAAGGACACAAUGUUUCAACAGAAGUCAGAUGAAUGUAUUGUUCAUCAGAAUGAAGUCAUGCUGCAGAAGGACCUUGUGUCGCAGAUGCAGUGUGAGGUUGAGUUAGUCAGGCAAGAAUGCUUAGCGACAAAGCAACAAUUAGAACAAAAGGAACACAUGUUAAAAGAUAUAACAAGUGAUUUUGAAAACCAAAAAGAAGAGCUAAAUAAACAGAAUGAAUCCAUAAUUAAACUUGAGAGUCAGCUUCUAACCAUGAAAGAGAGUGUAGUAGAGACGGAGCUUAAAAUUACCAACCUAAAGGGUUCUAUAGAGAUGCUCACUUUAGAAAAUUGUCAGCUAACACAAGAGAAGAAUCUAAUGAAAGCUAGGGUAAUUGAUUUACAAGAUUCCAAUCAAGCACUGAAUGAUCAGAAUACAGGAUUGAAAUCUGAGCUUGAGAAAUCUUUAUUCGAACUUUCCAAAGCACACGAAGAACUUGCACAUCUAAAAACAGCAGUUAAUGUUAGUGAACUCCAACUCAAAACUGCACAGUCGGAGAUGGAGCACCUUAAUUUGACCCUCCAAGGAAAAGAUGACUCCCUGAAACAACUUGAUAGGAGGAUUUUGGAGCAGGAGGAGCAUCUGAAAUGUAAAGAUAAUGAAACGUUUAGUUUAAGGGUUCAAGUUACAGAGUUUGGAGAGACUGUCUGCAAACUGAGGGAUCGAGUCCAAAGUCUUACUUCAGAGUCAACCACAUUAAAAAGUAAAUUGGAGAGAAAAGAGCAGUUUAUUCUUGAAGAUCAAAGAAAUGUCUCACUUGUAAAUGAAAAUUUAAGUAUUAAUCUUCAGGACAAAGAAAAAGAGUGUGAGAUCUUAAAAGAACAGAUUUCACACCUUGAAGAAGAUGCUUUUAAGAUAGACACCCUCAAAAUGCAGAAACUAGAAACACAAAAUCUGAAAAAAGCCUUGGAAGAAAGAGAGGAUAGUCUUACGGAACAAUCACAGUCUCUUCAAGAUUUACAGAGAACGGCCGAUGAGUUGAUGCUCUUCAAAACUCAGUUCAUGGAAAGCACAGAGUUAGUUUCACAGCUACAGAGUCAAAUGCAGAUGUUGUCCUCUGACAAUUCCAACCAGAAAAAGUCUGCUGAAGAAACACACAGUGCCUUCAUUAACCUGCAAGAAAAAUAUGCUGCUAAUUUGGAGAAUUUGCAGGAUAUGAGAAAGCAACUGACCCAAAGGACUGAUGAAGUGUUGACACUUAAGACCCUAUCAGAUGAACAUGAUACAGCAAAGACCACAAUAGAAACUUUGAGAGAUGAGCUGUCUUCAAUCCAAAAAAAACUUGAAAAGACACAGAACCUGAAUUCCAAGCUGUCAAAAGAAAAGGAUAAAGCAGUUGCCGCUAAUCAAGCAAGGGUCUCAGUAUUGACAGUUGAAAUAGAAAGACUAAAAGCUCAACAUCUUCAAGUUGUGGCGCAAAUGACUGCAUUGACAGAAAAUCUGGAGCAGAGAGAAAUGGCUCUACAUGCAAUUAACAAUCAGUACACAGCCCAAGCCAAACAGAAAUCACACCUGAUUUCUGAAAUACAGAAACUAGAAUUGCAAAAUAAGAAACUUAAUGAAACGAUUAGUUUGUCAAAGGAGGAGCACCAGAGGUCUCUCACAGCUGCCAAUAAUGAAAAUGUACGCUUAGUUGAGGAUAUUAGAAAACACCUUGCAGAGAAGGAAGAGCUGGAGAGGCGGCACCAUCAAAUUUGGGAAUCCCAAGGGGAGCUCAAGGUUCAGUUGGAGCAGCAGUCCAGCAGCAUGAGUGAAACCAUCCAGCAAUUGUUGUACGACAAGGAGAGUCUUCAAACAAAGAUUAAUGAGCUGCAGCCUAGACUGACACCUGAGAAAGAAGCCAGCAGUUUGCCGAAAGAAACAACUAUUCAAAGGUCUGAAAGAGACACACAACCAGUCAAGGUAACAGUGAAUCUGUUAGGCCAGAGUGAAAUGGAGGAGGCGGUGAGUCGACUGGAGGCGGAGAGGAUCCAGCUUCACAGAGAUCUGCAGCAAUGCUUAUAUGACCUCCAGCAACGAGACCAGUACCUUCAGCAACUCAACUCAAAGCUACAGCAGGCGAUGGUGGAAAAAAGUGCUGUCACAGCCCAGCUGAGUGCCGUGUCCCAAAAUCUGAGGGACACCCAAAAUCGAUGCCACUGGCUGGAAACCCAAGGCCAGGCACAGGGGGCAGCAAUUGCAGAGGUGGCUCCCGGAGCACCUCAGGAGAGAAACAACACAGUCCUUGCUCAAACAAUUGAAGUCGGCCAGCUCCAAGAAAGACUACUUGAGGUAGAGCGGAGUCUGGCAGAUGAACGGUGCAGACGGGAGACUGCUGAAGAGGCUUUGCAUCUUGCUGAGGCCAGCACAAAGAGUCUGUCUCGAGAUAUUCGGAGAGACUUUAGCAGUAUCGAGAUGGAAGCAGAUGACGAUUGGGAAGCUGUGAGCCUCAACCCAAACCAGCCUCUGAUAACGCGGAAGGUGAAAGGUGGGAUGGUGGCAUGCAGACGUUGGUUCAGAGGAAGAAGUCUGUACUUUUCCCGGCUGCUGACGGGCCGCACACGCUCUCGUUACUUCUUUCUGGCCUACUUGGUCACAAUUCAUGUGCUUGUCCUAAUGUGCCUUAUUGGUGCCCUCUAAAAGGGAAUUUGACAAGUUGGACGUUGGUCCAAAGGUUCAAAUAAACGGCUGAGUAGCUUGUUAUGUAUUUGUAUAUUCCACACACACACACACACACACACACACAUAUAUAUAUAUAUAUAUAUAUAUAUAUAUAUAUAUAUAUAUAUAUAUAUAUAUAUAUAUAUAUAUACGCUACACAAUUCUACAUGCUUUAUAAAACAGGUGCAGUUAGGUGACUAAAAUGUACGUCCUUGGAGAGUCAAUUGUCUUUUGUGUUGCCUGGUUUGGUAAUACAGUAGUUGAACAAAUUGUAAAUCACUGUUAAUAUGAUAUGCCACACAACGCCUUAAAAGAGUGAUACAGUCACUAUAGCCACAUCCAAAUUAAAAUGGGGGAAAGGCGAGAGGGGCCUUGGAUGUAAGUAACCCUUUACAAAAUCCCAUUAACAACAAGAAAUCUCUUAACUUCCAUCCAUCCAUUUUCUGUACCGCUUAUCCUCACUUCUCAUCUCUAUUUCCCUGGCAGCAACAAUAUAUUCACUCUUCUUGUGGCUGUUUGAUUAAUAUCCCUAUUACAAAUUGGUAUAUUUUUUCCUGCUUGUCUAAUACAUUGCACACAAUCCUUAUGCUGAGGAAAACUAUGCACUGUAACUGCACCUGGGUUUAUUUUCUCAACGACAGAAGCACUGCAGUGAAUCCAAAAGGAUGGUCUCAUGUUCCUAAAGAUUACUGGAGUAUGGCUUUUGAGAAUUAUUUCUAUUCUCUCUGGUGUCAUAUUGAAGAGCAAUGCAAAAACGAUGUUUUGAGUAUUUAUUUUUUGUUCUGUUUAUGGACGCCUCUGAUACUGUAUAUUAUUCUGUCCAAACUCUACUGACUUGUUUUUUAUGUAUAUAUGCCUUUUCUGUCAUCUCAGCCUGGUCUUCCAUGACACUUUUCUCAAGUGUGAAGGUUUAGAUGAAACAAUGUUGAGUUACAAUAAGUUUGUAUUUUUCUUUGAGCAAAAAUAAUUACAGUGCUGAUUUUUUUUUUUUUUUUUUUUUUUUUUUUGUGUGUACAAUUGCACCUACCUACACUGUUAAUGUCACACUGGCAUCAUGCUAUGUAUAGAAAGAUGUAAUGGGCAAACAAAACUUAUUUAUGAAAGAUUAGACUACUGAAAAAAUGUGCACAUACUUCCUCUGUUUUCAAGAGUUUGAGAUGCUGUUGGGCUUGAAGACAGGCUCCACCUGGUGCAAUACUGUGUUUCUUAAUUAACGGUUUUCAGAUCAUCAUAUCUAAUGAUAUGAAUAAAGCCAGUUAAUUUUC